CACACACAGACUGAUGAAUGAAUGAGUGGGGAACGUCAGCACAACAUAGCACACUAACGUCCACGCACACCCAUGGAGACCAUGCAGCCAGCACCCUUAAUUAAAUCCAACACCACCACAGCACAGCACCGAAAAACACCCCACAGCAACCGUCUCAUCUCAUCUCGGUUCGCAUGUUUCCAUGUAGGCCGCCAUCAAUCAGAUCUGAUGCGGCCGCGACGCUAUCCACGGCGGCACGUAAUAUGACGACUGCACAAUCGACACAUACAAAGUUACACACGCAUGGCCUGUCAGGUUCUGUGCGAUGGGAUCUCUUGCUCACCGAUUUGGGAAACGACGAACUGGGCGAGCCUGACGGCAGCACAGACGUCUCCUGCUGCUGCUGCUGUGCCUGCAAGCCGCCACUUGCCGACUCGUCCCCCCUGCCCCUGAUGGCGCUGUCGGCACUGUCCCUCUGGCCGCCGUGAUAUUGGUAGCUCGACGCACUGCUGACCGUGCUGUGGGUGCUGGAGGUGAGGCUCGUGUCCAUCUGCGGGGGCGGGGUGAAAGAGGAGGGGUGGCUGGUGGUGGUGUGGGUGCCGUUGAUGGCUGCCCGUGUGGUGCCGAUGGGCGGGACGGCGUUGAGGUUGGAGGGCUCGAGGACCUUGGGAGGGGGGGACUUGGACUCGACAGACGUCAUGGGCAGAUAACUCUGAGGCCUGGUGACAACACAACAUGGCACACACGACGGAUGAAUGGAUGGAUGGAUGGAUGGUCUGUGUGUGAUUGGUGUACCGACCUAGCGGCGCUGCCUCCGGGUUUCUUGCCGAGCAGCAGCCGUCUGAGGAACCUCCGGAGUGAGGCAGGCAGCCGCACUCGCCGCCUGCCGCCCUCCGCCCCCGCCAUUGGCACAUCGUCCUUGCCGCUGUAGAGGUACAUGGCGACGAUGACGAGUGAGGUGCCGACGACAUAGAAAAGGGAUGGCGUGAAGUCGCCGAUGAGGUGGUAGGAGAGCAGACACGACAGGGCGAUGGACGUGGCGUUGCCGAAACACUUCAAGAUGUUGUCCGCAUACUUGAGCACCGCCGCCACGACCAUCCCGCCCAAAGCCUACAGGUAGGCGAUGGAGUCCAUCCUUGUGUCAUGUCCGUGUGUAGCUAGCUGCCUUGUUCUCACUGGUUGCUUGCCUGCAGGAGGAUGACGGUCCAGACGAGGCCGUUGUAGCCCUGGAAGAAGCCAUCUCGCGCCACCGCGGCUCCGUCGUAGACCAGGCAGCCCGCCAGACCCAUCAUGGCACCAAACAGAGCAAGCUGGAUGUUGCGAACCCUCCACACACACAUAAAGUAGAGACACACACACACACAGAGCAAACCAUCGGCAUGGUUCGAUCGUGCCAGCUGCUAUUUCCACUCCUCUCUUACCAGAUGGACACCUUCGCCCCUUUGAGGAUUCUUUCCAGCAACACGCCAGCCAGCCCUACCACCACACACGCCGCACAAGGCGUCCGUCCUGACAUGUUCCGACUCGCUCCCCUCCUAUCUACCUGAGGUAAAGCACGCGGCGAGGACGGCCGCCAGUCCGAUGGCCGUGGAGCCGCCGAAUGUGUCUGGCUUCACGGCAUUGUUGCUGGAGGGCGGGAUCUGGAUGAGGGCCACGCCGGCCGUCAGGACGAUGAGCGACAGCCACUUGAGCAACGACAGCUGCUUGUGCAGAAUCAUCACCGACAGCAAUGCAGUGGUCAGGAUCUUCAGCUGAUACGUCACCUGCACCAUCCACCAACGGCAGGCAGAGGAAACACACACACACACACACACAUCGUCUGUCCAAAUGUCUGUCCGUGUCUGUGCAUGGGCAGCCGACGACUGACUGACUGACUGACCUGAUACAUGGCCCCGCUGAGGUGGGAGAGGGCGACGAAGAGGAGGUUGUUCUGGAUGGUGUAGAGGAGGGCGGGGAUGCCCACUUUGAGGGUGGUCAUGGGCUUGGCGAAGACCUCAGUGCGGAAGAGCCUCACCAGCCUGUCCACCUGGAAGCUGUUCUCCUGCCACACAAGAACCACCGACGCCACUAGCUUCAGGAUCUAGCCAUCACACACCACACACACAGACCAAUGGAAGACUGCUUCUGUGCGCUUCUUGCGUUGUGUUGUGUUCGCGUGAUCUGGUCUUCUGACCUCGCUGCUGACGACGGCGGAUGUGUUGAGGUAUCUGGGUCCGUCCGUCUUGACCAUCCUGCUGUAGCGCAUGGUGAUGACGACAGCGGUCGUCUGGAACACGAGCGCCGCCAAGGACACCACCUUCAUGGGCACCUUGACGCCACACACUACCAUCGACGGACCUUCUUUCCCCAUUAUCGAUACUGCCGAGCUUAAUUGAGAUGCCGGUCAGUUGCGGCCGCUUCUCC